UACUGUGCCGGGCCGAGCUCACUCUGCCCUGCAGCCUUACAGGUGGUUUUGGCUUGGUGAGACAGUUCCCGCCAGGCUAGGCAGUGGAGCGCCGCACAGCGCGCCUUCUGGCCUCCCAGCUGCCUGCCAGGCAGUUCCGACCCAGCGCCAGCAGGCCUGCUCGGUCGAUCUUCGAUCCAAAGAUGCGGCGGGGCUGGAAGAUGUCUCUGGCCGGGGGGCUGCGGUGCUGCCGCCGACUACUUUCCUGGGUGCCAGUGCUCGUUAUUGUCCUCGUUGUGCUUUGGUCCUACUAUGCCUACGUCUUUGAACUCUGCCUGGUAACUGUUUUGAGCCCAGCAGAAAAAGUUAUCUACCUCAUAUUCUACCAUGCCAUCUUUGUGUUCUUUACCUGGACCUACUGGAAGUCCAUAUUUACACUCCCACAACAGCCAAAUCAGAAGUUCCACUUGUCCUAUUCAGACAAGGAACGCUAUGAAAAUGAAGAGAGACCUGAGGUCCAGAAGCAGAUGCUCGUCGAUAUGGCCAAAAAGCUACCGGUUUACACAAGAACUGGGAGUGGAGCUGUUAGAUUCUGUGACAGGUGCCAUUUGAUCAAGCCGGAUCGCUGCCACCACUGCUCUGUCUGUGCCAUGUGUGUAUUAAAAAUGGACCAUCACUGCCCUUGGGUUAAUAAUUGCAUUGGAUUUUCCAACUACAAAUUCUUUCUUCAGUUCUUAGCUUAUUCUGUUCUCUACUGCCUGUAUAUUGCUACAACAGUCUUCAACUAUUUCAUCAAAUACUGGAGAGGGGAAUUGCCCAGUGUCCGCUCAAAGUUCCAUGUUCUUUUCCUCCUCUUUGUGGCCUGCAUGUUUUUUGUCAGCCUUGUGAUUCUCUUUGGUUACCAUUGUUGGCUUGUCAGCAGAAACAAAACCACCUUAGAGGCCUUCUGUACUCCAGUGUUUACAAGUGGCCCAGAGAAAAAUGGGUUCAACCUUGGCUUCAUCAAAAAUAUCCAGCAGGUGUUUGGAGAUAACAAGAAGUUCUGGUUAAUACCUAUUGGUUCCAGCCCUGGUGAUGGACACUCCUUCCCUAUGAGGUCUAUGAAUGAGUCACAGAACCCACUGCUAGCAAAUGAAGAGCCUUGGGAAGACAAUGAAGAUGAAAACCGAGAUUAUCCAGAAGCUUCAUCAUCUCUCACCAUGGAAACAGAAACAUAGUAGUUUACACAUUUCCUGCAUCUCUCAGGGCCUUCCAUCUCCCAUGAGGCUUACAGAGUUCAAUGUUGGGAACCAUUUUAAUCUUCAAAAUAAGUCACCAUGGUGGAUUGAAAGCUUCCAUCAAACUUGCUGCGCAGAUAGAUGUUUCAGGACAAGUUAUUUGUUUACUAACUGAAGUCAUCAAUCUAGUAGCAAUUAAUUCAAACCAGUCUUCCUCUCUUUCUUCAUUUUACCUCUCCAAUCUGUAAAAACCUAAAUGUAACAUAUAUACCUUUCCAGAGGCUCUUUUUAUUCCUCUUCUCAGGUAAAGAGGAAUUCAAGGGAUCCCUGGGUGGCGCAGCGGUUUGGCGCCUGUCUUUGGCCCAGGGCACCAUCCUGGAGCCUGCUUCUCCCUCUGCCUGUGUCUCUGCCUCUCUCUUUCUCUCUCUGUGUGACUAUCAUAAAUAAAUUUAAAAAAAAAGAGGAAUUCAAAAAGACUUCCAUGGAGUCUCUAACUCCCCUGGAAAGACUAUUAAUUAUAUUUAUAAGAUCUUUGUGGUAUUGAGGGGAAAAAGACUGUGUUUGCUACUUGUGUGCCUGUGCAUUUAUAAGCAUGCAUAUGUGCAGCAUAUUUACACAAAAUUCUGCAGUGGUGUUGUGAAAAUCAAGGUUAAAAAAAAACAAGGUUUUUAUUCAAUCCUACUGUCUUCCCUAAAUAGCAAUAUAAAUAUUUGCUGGGCUGUGAAUACCAUCCCUAUAUCAGAUAUCUAAAAUUCAAAAGGCAGAAUCAACAUACCAUAAUCAAGGUCCUCAAACUGGGAAUUGAACAACAAUGCAAAGCCUAUUCUUUGUCAUAAAUGUAUGAUGUUCCUGAAAACACCACAACUAACUGAGAAGAUCAGAUUUCCACUUUAUUAAACAUAAGUAUUGGUGUUUUAAAGACUUUUAAUGUAGGCUAUAGUAAAAUUCUCCAGUUACUUUUAUUAUUUUCUCUGCUACCUAGAUUUAUUUUUGUCUAUAUGAAUUGUUCUUAUGAUAAAAAAAAAACUAUACUCCGAAGUCAUGCACCAUAGAUUUUGUUAAGGGGCUUAAGGGUAGUUUUCAAGUUUAAUUACAAUACUGUUCAUAGGGUAAAGUUUCAAAGUUGAAAUUAGCCUAAUGAUUAGCACUCAAGAUCUGUGGUUUCACAACAGGCGGUUAAUGUACAGAUAAUGAUAACCUAAUAGUAAUAUGCCAAUACUUUCUUUUUCUUUUUUUCUAGAUUCAGUGGUAAUUUAGCCAUUAAGGUAGUUUACAUUCAUUUCUGCAUUUAUUUAUAAUCAGCCUUUCUUUUAGUCCUAGUGCCUGAAUUAAUGAGUAUGAACACUAAUGCUGAAUCUUUAUAAUAACAAUACCUAAGAGCAUUGAUGUUAUUCAUUUCUCAGUCAGUGUUCUAGUGCCCAGCUGCCAGCAGUAGAAGUCCCAACUCUUACAGAGAUUAGUGAGAGUUAGAGGCAUCUUACAGAUAUUAAGGAGUUGAGCUCUAGAAGGAUAUUAGGUUUACUAAGUAAUCCCCCACUAAAACCUUUUUGAGUAAAAGAAAAUUUACCUACCACAAACUAUUUGGUGUUCAGGCUUCAGUAGAGCUGAGAAAGUGAAAAAUUCAGCUACUUAAAGAAAUAAAAAACCUGUCCAUUUGUAUCUCCUAGGUGAUUUGGGGCCAGGUAAGACUUUUAGCAUAAAUUAAAUGGAUUGUGUCAGUGUUUCAUUUGAGAGAAUACUAGAC